AUGCUCUGUCAGCAGCUGAGCACCCCACAGGCCGCCCUCUUCUCUAACCCCAUGCUGGCUGGCGUGGUAAGGCGUCUCAGCCCUCCGCGGCCGCCGCCCCCGCUGCUGCUGCCGCUGAGCGCGGCUCUGCUGGGCUCCCAGGCCCGCGCCGACCCCGCUCCGGGCAGCGCUGUCCCCGCGCAGAGCCGCCGGUGCGUGGACUGUCACGUGUUCGAGUUCAUGCAGCGCGCCUUGCAGGACCUGCGGAAGACGGCGUCCAGCCUGGACGCGCGGACCGAGCCUCUCCUGCUGCAGGCCGAGCGCCGCGCCCUGUGUGCCUGCUGGCCCGCCGGCCGCUGAGGAUGCACU